UAUAUUUUGUAUGAGCAACCAUCUAAACAUGGCAAGAGCGGCAGCCAUGUUGGUUGCCUUGGUUACCAUCUGCCUGACGCAGCGCCUUGUCCAAUCAGAAGUGUUGAGCCAAGCAGACGAGCAACGGCUGACCACUCUGAUACAGCAGGUCAUGGAGUGCAGGGACAUCCCUGGUCUGACGAUGACCAUCGCUAGAGGUAAAGAGUAUAAAACAAUCCCCCUGGGGGUGGCCAACAAAGCCACGGGAGAGAAAGUCAACUCGAGGACUUUGUUCUACAUGGGGGCCAUCACACAGAGCUUCACGGCCACCUUGUUGGCCGAACUUAUCCAGAGGUCAACGGGCGUCCUCCAUUUUGACACGCCCAUCGCCCAGCUGAUUGGCGGGGAGUUCCAGCUGUCCAGUAAAAUCUUGACCGAGCAGAUCACCUUGAGAGAUGCACUCACCCACAGGACUGGACUCUCCACAGGAAGUAUCGCUGGACUGACAGGUCUACCGCAGGCAAUGUCUCGUGCAGAGGUCAUCAGCCAGCUGAAAGAACUACCACAACAAGCCCACUUCCGGGACGACUUCAACUUCAACCAGUUCAUGUACACCCUGGCCGCCUACGUGGGUGAGAAGAUCUCCGGCAGCUCCUGGGAGAAGCUGAUGCGGACCCACAUCCUGGACAAGCUGCUGAUGACGUCAACCCUUGUGGCGACGGACGACACCACCGGCCCAGAUUUCGCCAGGUCGUACGUGUCGGAGGAGGGGAAGAUGGUGGAGGUGCCGCCCCAGUCUAUCGACAUUGGACCUCUAGCACCUGCAGGCACCAUGUACACUAACGCCGAAGACAUGGCGAAGGCUCUCAAAUUUUACCUUGGGGACCCACAUCUCAUCGCCCAGGUGAAAAUCGCCCCGCCCCUGUUGGAGGAGCUGAUGAACCCCCGGGUCGUACUUCCGGUUGGCUUUCGUGCCAGCCUGGACAGGUCCAGCCACAUGUGGCCAGUGUCUGACGUCAACGUGGGCUACGGGAUGGGAUUCUUCCGGAACAUUUACAGAGGUUUCCAGGUGCCAUGGAUGGCCAACAGUGUCCACGGGUUCACGUCCAUCAUGUGGCUGGUGCCAGAACGAAACGUUGGCAUCUUUAUAGCAGUCAAUGGCCAGAAACACACGGACCUGCCACUGGCCACUGUACAGACACUAACCUACUUCGCAACGGAUCUGCUUCUGGGUUUCGAACCCUGGAUCAACGAAACCUCCGCGUGCUUAUUCCCCGAACCCUUCAUCAAAACCCCAGAGCUACCCGACGUGGAGUUCAAACCCCAGCCCUCAGAAUUCGCUCUCACCGACUACCAAGGCAUCUUCACCAGCAAGCUUCUCGGCGACAUCACCGUUCGCAAGUCGACCUCCAACCCCAAGGCCUUGACCUUCACCAUGGGAAAAAUUACCGGAACUCUUUUACCUGAAGGCGGGAACAUCUUCCGUCUGUUCUUAGAGGGCGACAACAAGUACAUGCAGACUCCACUUCCGGGCAAGAAUCCACUUCCGUUUACAAGACUGCUGUUUGAGUUCAAGGGCACGCAGUGUACGGGGCUGAAACUGCCUGAUUCUAUUUACGGCGGGAGCACUGUGGACUUUACCAGAACACAAAGUUUUAAGGAAGAGUUGUGAUACUACUCGCAUCCUGUUUUCUAGUAUUAACACUGUAGUAGUUUAGUUUAGAAGUGGGACGGAGUGGUCGAAUGGUAGAGCGUUUGGCUGCUAUCCUAAAGUUAUCUAGUUCGGAUCUCGGUUAGGACAUGUGACUGUAGGAAGUCACGGCUCUGAUGGGUACCUGAAUCACGUUGAGAAAAGUAAUGGCGGCUGGGCAUAAUGCUGACCACACCAUCCUUCAUAUGCCGAGGUCAAGAAACAUCUGUCUCACUCAUCUGCCUAAUGGAUCACUAAGUCCGAAGAGGAACUUUACUUUUACUUAAGUAAUUUAGUUUAGACAUCAUCACAUUAAUA